AUGCGUGUCAACGAACUCCUCACAUACGCUUUGCUGCAAGCAUCAGCAGUACUAUCGACACCUCUCGAUGAGCGAAGCGUGAGCGUUGCUGCUUCCAAGAGGCCACACCAUCCCGCGUAUCCGUACCACCCAAAGAAGGCGUGUCCAGUCUCACCGCCACGAACCAAGACCUGCAGCGUCAAGGCUCUCGGCAACGGUAAAGACGAUUCUGCCAACAUCUUGGCUGCUAUUAAGAAGUGCAACAAUGGCGGGCACGUCGUUUUCCCCAAGGACCAGAAGUUCACCAUCGGAACCGCGCUGGAUUUGACCUUCCUCAACGGUAUUGAUCUUGACAUCCAAGGAUCUAUUCAAUUCACCAACGACACGGAUUAUUGGCAAGCCAAUGCUUUUAAGCAAGUGUUCCAAAAUGCCACCACCUUCUUCCAGCUCGGUGGCAAGGACAUCAACGUUUACGGAGGUGGUACCCUCGAUGGUAAUGGUCAGGCUUGGUACGAUCUCUAUGCCAAGGACAUCUACAUCCUACGACCUAUUCUCUUCGGUCUUAUUGGUGCUGAAGGUGCCGUGAUCUCGGAUCUGAAGUUCAGAUACAGCCCGCAGUGGUACACAUUGGUUGCCAACUCAAGUGACGUUGUCUUUGAUAACAUCGACAUCUUUGGCGGUAGUGUCAGCAAGAACCCCGCGAAGAACACUGACGGCUGGGACACGUACCGUUCCGACAACAUUGUCAUCCAAAACUCACACAUCGACAACGGCGACGACUGUGUCUCGUUCAAGCCUAACAGCACCAACAUGGUUGUUCAGAACCUUGUCUGCAACGGUAGCCACGGCAUCAGCGUAGGCUCUUUGGGCCAGUACCCUGGCGAGGUCGACUACGUUGAGAACGUCUACGUGUACAACAUUAGCAUGUCCAAUGCUUCAGACGGUGCGCGUAUCAAGGUCUGGCCCGGCGCUGCCUCCGCUCUCUCUGGUGAUCUGCAGGGUGGUGGCGGUGGUGGUGCAGUCAAGAACAUCACAUACGACGGCAUGACCAUCUCCAACGUCGACUACGCUAUUGAGAUUACUCAAUGCUAUGGCCAAAAGAAUCUAACUCUUUGCAACCAAUUCCCAUCCAACCUCACCAUCUCCGACAUUACUGUCAAGAACUUCCAUGGUACUACCAGCAAGAAGUACGACCCGCUAGUUGGAUACCUUGUCUGCUCCAGCCCAACAGUAUGCUCCAACAUCAACAUUGAGAACGUCAAUGUCACCAGCCCAAGUGGAACCAACCAGUACACUUGCGCGAACAUCGAUGGCAUUGGGAGCCAGGUCAACUGCACCACUAACGGAACCAAGGGAGGUGAAUCGUAA